UCACCUGUAAUGUGUCAACCAAAAAAUAUCUAUUUUGGGUGGGGUUAUCCGUUUUUUUAUUAAUUUUCCUGAUUAUUUACACCAAUCUCGUUUCCUGAUUAAGUUUUAAUCUUUUAUCUUUCGAAUUUCAUUAAAACACACAAGCGAGAGGCGUCUUUUUUGCCCGAAAACGUCAACACUGUUAAUUUUAGGUUAUAAACUCAGGUGACAUUUGUGCGACUUCUACCUCCCAGUGCUGCCCGAGUUGUUUUCGAUUUUGUAUCGUGGAAAAAAGCCAUAAAUUGUUUAUUUUUCGGUUUACCAACAAGUCGCGCUUAUAUUUUACGCGUCGGCCCCCAAAGUUAUGUGAAACGCAGCCCCCGAGGCGCCCGGAUUAUCUGUGAAAGUGAUGGUGUAAUUUUCAUUGGACGCCAUUUUGAUUCGUUGCUGCCAGUAUUUUAAAAUGAGUCCUCAUUAGCCGCCAUAUUGAACCGAAGAUGGCGCCGGUGCCCCGGCCAGGCAGCCUGCGCGAUCCAGACAUUGCCGAGCUAUUUUUCAAACAUGAUCCAGAGAAAAUCUUCGAGGAUCUACGAGAAAUCGGCCACGGCAGUUUUGGGGCGGUUUAUUAUGCAAGAUGCCUUAUCUCAAAAGAAAUUGUCGCCAUCAAGAAGAUGUCGUUCAAUGGCAAACAAAGUUUGGAGAAGUGGCAAGAUAUCUUGAAGGAAAUACGAUUUCUUAAACAACUAAAGCAUCCAAACACAAUAGAAUACAAAGGAUGCUACUUGAAAGAGAACACUGCUUGGCUUGUGAUGGAAUAUUGUCUUGGAAGUGCUUCGGAUAUCAUAGAAGUUCAUAAGAGGCCUCUCAGGGAGGACGAAAUAUCGGCUAUAUGCGAUGGGGUCCUCAGAGGGUUAAGUUAUUUACAUGAGUUUGGAAGAAUUCAUAGGGAUGUUAAAGCAGGAAAUAUCCUCUUAACAGAGAAUGGCACUGUGAAAUUAGCAGAUUUUGGCAGCGCGUCUAUAAAAUGUCCCGCCAACUCGUUCGUGGGGACUCCUUAUUGGAUGGCCCCUGAAGUGAUUUUGGCUAUGGACGAAGGCCAGUACGACGGAAAAGUGGAUGUUUGGUCACUAGGUAUCACCUGUAUAGAAUUAGCCGAAAGGAAACCGCCUUAUUUUAAUAUGAACGCCAUGUCUGCUUUAUAUCAUAUUGCCCAGAAUGAUUCCCCGACGUUAUCUGCGAACGAGUGGUCCGAUAAGUUUAAGCAUUUUGUGGAGGCUUGUCUACAGAAAUCACCUCACUUAAGACCGAGCUCCCAACAACUGCUCUCUCACCAUUUCGUCACGAAACACCGAUCCGCCAACGUGUUAAUCGACCUGAUCCAACGGACUAAGGCGGCCGUAAGGGAUCUGGACAAUUUGAAUUAUCGCAAAAUGAAAAAGAUCCUGAUGAUCGACAAUUGCGAAACGGAGAGUAAUAUAGACUCUCUUCCCGAUGUCGAUGAUCAGCCGGAGGAACCCAUGGGCGGGGACAGUUCGAAGAGUAAUUCGGUCACUUCAGAACAUUCGGUACAUUCCGUCGGAGUAUCGGCAAGCAGCCAGUCUAGUAGCACCAAUAGUUUACCUGCUGUGUUCACUUUCGCAGGGGGCGCUGAAGACGGUAGCGGUACCGCCACCCGACGUCACAACCACAACCGGCCGCACAUCAAUCACGCGGCCGCCGCUGCGGCUCUGGGCGAGCAGCACCAACACACCGCGAAUAAUUUCGCUACGAUCCGCACCACGAGCAUCGUGACGAAACAACAGAAGGAGCACAUGCAAGAGGAGAUGCACGAACAAAUGUCCGGUUAUAAGAGAAUGCGUCGGGAACACCAGAGCGCCUUGGUCAAACUGGAAGAUAAAUGCAGGAUGGAGAUGGAGAGCCACAAAAAUCAACUGGACAAAGAGUAUGACGCCCUGUUAGCCAAUUUCAGCAAAGAGUUGGAGAAGUUGCAAACCAGACACCAACAAGAAUUAGAAAGAAAAUCGAAACAAAGUGCCGCGUUAGAAAAGAAACUAGUAAAGGAUAUUACCGGCCGACAGGAUAGCGAUCGGAAAGCUUUCGAGGCCCAUAGGAAAAAAGAAUACAAAGCGAACAAAGAAAGGUGGAAAAGGGAAUUAUCGCUGGACGAGUCCACACCUAAGAGGCAAAGGGAUGCCACGUUACAAACUCAUAAGGAUAAUCUUAAGCAAGUGGACGCCCAGGAGGAGCAGCGGCUACUCAGGGGCCAAAGGGCCGAAUUAGACUUAGAAUUAAGGAAAUUCCGUAGAAAACGAUUGAUGGCGUACCAUCAGUUAGAGCAAGACUUAUUAAGGCAAGAGCUUCACAAGAGGCAACAGCAACUGGAGCAGGCGCACUCGAUGUUACUUAGACACCACGAGAAAACCCAAGAGUUGGAAUAUCGACAACAGAAGGCGGUACACGCCCUCAGAGAAGAGCAAGUUAGAAACCAGCAUGACACUGAAAUCGCUAAUCAAGCCGAAUAUAUGAAGAGGACUGAACGCGAGAUGCGUAAAAAACACGCCCUAGAAUUGAAACAACAACCGAAAUCUCUCAAACAAAAAGAAAUGUUAGUUAGGAAACAGUUUAGGGAAACGUGUAAGGUUCAAACCAAACAGUACAAAGCACUGAAGACCCACAUUUUGACCACCACCCCUAAAGAGCAACAAAAAGCGGUGAUUAAGAAAUUGAAGGAGGAACAGAGAAGGAAACUGGCCCUGCUUGGUGACCAGUACGAACAAAGUAUCGCGGAGAUGCUUCAAAAGCAGUGUAUAAAAUUGGACGAGAGUCAAGAGCUCGAAUGUCAACAAAUGAAAGAAAGGCUGCAAUACGAGCUGGAGAUCUUGAUGGCGUACCAGAGCAAGAACAAAAUGCAGGCUCAGGCCCAAAGAGAACGUGAGAAGAAUGAGUUACAGGAGCGGGUUGAGGUGCGAAGGGCCCUUUUAGAACAAAAAAUGUCAGCGGAGAAUCAGAGGUUCAUCGAAGAGAGAGGAGAAAGGAUUAGGAUUCUUCAUGAAAAGCAAGAGAGGGAACUGGAAGGGUUCGAUGAGGAAUCUGUUCGAUUAGGCUUCAGUGCCUUAGCGAUUGCCGAGAUGUCGCUGGCAUUGGGCGACAUGUCACGGGACGAUUACGACGGCGAGGGCAGUUUGUCCGGCUCGAUGCUCAGCCUGGCACAUUCGAAUAGUUCGACCAGUUUCCCGCCCAAUUCGGUUUAGUAAUUUAUCUUCGUUUUGUAUUAUAGGUAAUCGGCCAGCGAGAUUUUAAAAAACUUAAAGAAUGCUCUUUGCCGCAUAGUAAUCAAGAAAGCUUUUUUUUUAUUGAAAACCAAAAAAAAACAACCCUCGGUUUUUUGUAAGGGUGCCCAAAAAAUUCAAAGGGUUUAAGGGAGGACUUUCACAUUUUUUAAAUUCAGUUUUUGGUGCAUUUUUGGUGGCAAUUAAAACGGUUUUAAUCAGUUGACUGAUUAGGCUUAAUUGGGUAUUAUCCUUGUAAGUGGUAAUUGUUGUUUAUGGAAGCAACUGCUUUAUGACCUGGUCUUUUUUUUUAAAGAAAACUAAUUGAAAAUACUCUUAUGUGCAAAGUGUUAUUUAAUUUAUACUUUUAACAAAUUUUUUCUAUUUAUUAAUAAUUUAUUUGUAUAAAAGUAUAUGUUUCUUAUAUAAAUCUAGUAGUGGAUAAAAGUUUAUAGACUAGAAAAAUUUUUUCCAGUAACUUAAUUACAUUUAAAUUGGAAUUGCAUUUUCUAAUAUUAUAUAGGGUUACUGGUAAGGGGACGUAUUUUAAUAAUAAUAAUAAUAAUAAUAAUAAUAAUAAUAAACGUAUUUAUUAAGAAAAUAAAUGUGCAUACAAAAGUUCACAUGUAACAAAGAUGGCGAAGUUUAACGUAAGCUUACUCUUACACUUAACCAUCAAUUGCCACAUAAUAUGCCUUAUUUCACAAUAAAACUAAAAAAAAGUAUAAAUUCUUAUACAAAAACAACAGUUAGUGUACCUCUCGAACUGAUUCCUAGAAUUAUGCUUGCAAGGCUAAAAGAUAGCUCAUAAAUUUCCGUUUAAAGGAACCUAUACUACAUGCUUUGAGAUUUAAAGACUUGUAAUUGCUCACAGCUACGUAACUAAAACUACCCUGAAAAAAUGCUGUUCUCUGCUGACGCACAGUCAGACGAUCCUGAUGUCUAAGAACUCUGCCAUGAAUCUCUUCAGGAAAAUAAGCUUUUCACAUAGAUAUUGUGGUCUUUUAGAACGUAAUAUUUGAUCAAAAAAUGGUGUGAAUCGGACUCUGUUGCAUAUUAUUAACCAACUUAGAUCAUUGAUUUUUUUGGAGACAUGAUCAUAUUUUCUCAAACAAUGAACCUAUAACAGACAUUUUGUACAUGCUGAAGCCUAUUUUUAGAAAUUUGAUCAAGACGGGUAGUACACAAUGUUACAAUACUUUAGGAUUGACAAAACUAAAGAAUCACACUUUUUUUCCGCAUUUUAAAAUUUAAAAUAAGCCUGUUUGAGUACAAUAUUUUAAUUUUAACAUAUAAAGACUUGAAAUAAAUAAUGUGCUAAGUGCCAAAAUUAUUAUUUCGAGGUAAACAAUGUUUUUUAUAAUACAAUCAAUGUAUAAGAAAAAAACUCUCUGAAAAUUAAAGAUAGGUUUAUUCAAGUAAGUAUUUUUCUGUGUAUAUAAUAUUUUCAUCAAAUUUUUGUAAAAAAUGUCAAAAAAAAAUUACAAGUUACAAGUUUAUAGAAUGUGCCAUUACAAAAAUAUAAAUAUUAUUGUGGUAAGUAAAUAACGAAAAAAUACAAAAAAUUUAGCUUCUAAUUAAUGUUAGGAUUCAAUAGAUCCUCAUAAAAUGGUAUGUUUUCUUCCUUCAAAUAAGGAAUCAUUGCCAGCAGAUUUUGUUUUUUCUCUUCAGAAAUUCUACUCUGGCAGGUUAGGUUUGGCAGAGUCAUUUCUGCGAUAGCUUCAAUUGUAACAUUUUUCUUCAAAACCUUCGUUGCUUUCCAAGACUCUAUUUCGUUCAGAGUUUCUCGGAUUCUGACAAAUCCUGGAUUUUCUCGGCUAAUAUUAAUUCAUUGAGCUUCCGAAAUUUGAAGCUUAGAUGUAUUGAUUGUACUUUCAAAAGCAACUUUAAAAUCGAAAAAGUCCUCACGGUUUAUUAUUGUAACCAGAAGUGUUUUUUUUUUCACUGCUGCUAUCAUCAUUUUCAUUAAAUUCAUAGGUACCUCACAUUUUUCUUGCCCUUUUCGCUUUUCAAUUUGAGCGAAAUCCCUGUCGCAGCUCAUAAACGAAUGACCCGACACUAGAUACUUAUGAUUGAGCUCAUCGAAAUGCCCCUUGGCAACUAAAUAAAUCCCUAAAAACAAUAACAUUUAGUUUUUAUUUUGUCCAGCGCAGUUGUCACUCCAGAUUGUUUCUGGAGAAACUUCCGCUUCUGUGUGGGUAUAUUAGUGAAAGCUUUCAGUACACACGAUGCAAUUUCGUUCCCUCCACGUCCUGUUAUACUUUCGUGCCAUAAAAACAUGAAGCCAGUGUUAUUGUCCCCUAGAUGAACACAAAGGUUGUAGUUGGAUUUGAACAUAAAAUAGUAUAAAAAAAAAUAAGUGUCUAUUUUUGAAAAAAAAAUAAACGGCGCUUAUCUGGACUAACCACUAGUCACUCACUAUGGUUUGUGGAAAUCGUAAAAAACAGUUUCUUAAAUCUUUCAGGCAUAAUCCGACGUUACAUGUUGAGCACUUCCAUACGGUUCGAUGUGGUUCCUUGCGGCUACUGCAUUGGGCACGUCUAAGAGAAGUAGUGUUAAUGGGCACAUGAGCAUUUUUAUCGUAUUUUACUUCUUGAGGUACAAGAGCUUUGAAUUUAUUUGGAGCUUUUUCUGCACUUUACCGACCACGUUUCGCUUGUUCUGGAUUUGAACCAACUGAGCCACUCGCUACAGAAAGCUGAAACUGUUUCAAGAUCAUAGUAUUUGGCAUUCUUUGUUUGAAGAUGAUGUAGGAAUUAAUGACUGUAGCAUCCACAAAGUAUCAAAAAAUUCGGUGCCACCAUUUUCGUGACUUCCUAUAUAUUUCAUACAGUGAUUUUAACAUGUCAAACUUGUCGACGUACCCCAUGUGCCGGUUAUAAUCGUUAACAAGUAAUGGGCAUUCUACAUCUUCUUUAGAGCCGACUUUUUUUCUUCUAGAAGCAGUUUCCAGGUUGACAGGAUCGUGAAAAUUUGAAAUAAAAAGAACGCUUUUUCUAUCCAUCCACUUCAAGGCUACAAUUCCUCCUGUAGAUACCAGAUAGUCCGAUUCUCCUCUUUUCAAAUGCUUAUCGUCACGCAAGUCGUUUGGCAUAUUUUUUCUAUUUUUUCUGGCGGUUCCACAUGCAUAAAUGCCUUCCAACAGUAAACUGUUUUGCAGUUCAACCGAGUUAAAAAAAUGAUCAAAGUAUAAUUUAUGCUUCUUACCAACUAAUUCUCUAGAUAAGUCCUUUAUAACCCUGGCACCUAAGGAUUUUUCAGUAAGAUUUGAAACUUUACCCGUAUAAAUUUGAAAUUGCGACAUAAAUCCUGUUUCGUCACUUCUUACCCACACCUUGUAUCCCCUCUUGAUCAGUUUCAUCGGCAUAUAUUGUCGAAUGCUGCUUCUUCCUUUGAAUCGUAUCAUAGAUUCGUCUAUGACUUGGUACUCACUUGGCAUAAAAGAAUUUUGAUAAGAAUUUGAUAAGGUAUCAAGGAGUGGACGAAUUUUUGUAAAGCUUGUCAUAAUUGUCAUCUUGCUUUUUCGGUUCAGUUGCGUUGUUAUUCAAAUGUAAGUUGCUCAACAACCAGGUAAAGCGAUCCCUGGACAUAGCAGUACUUAUAUAAUCAUCUCUAAGUUCAAUUCUGGACGACCAAUAAUGACGAUAGCUGGGUAUAGGUUUUAAUCCCAUCAGAAGGUUCAGACCAAGGAACACUUUUAUUUCAGCUGAAGCUGUUGGCAAAAAUGAACUACAGUUGUCACCUUGUUUUUGAACGGCAUAAAGGUUAGUUUCGAAUACGAUUUUUUCGAUCAGAUCCAAUGCAAAAAAAUAUCAGUAGGACUUUCUAGAUCUUGUGGUAUAACGGGUCCAGUAUUUUUAGUAAAUGGGUCAACCUGUGUACAAAAUGUUGUCUGCUUUGUCCACUGUAUUGUAGUAUUUCUAAGCCGUAACUGUAAUUGCGCCAAAGGAACCUCAUUUGCAGAUUCCCAUUCAUAGUUCGGUAUAACUACAGCUGCAGGUAUAUCUUGCUGUUCCUCGACAUCUUCUAAUAUAUCAACGUCCAUUGCCAUAAUAUCCAAAAUGUCCUCACCGUCACAAAUAUCAUCCUUGGUAACGGAAAAGACCUCUGAUUCGUUAUCAGAUGGUAUGCUACUGAUUAAAUUUUCAAAAUUGCCAGGAGGUAGAUUUUCUAAUUCUUCCCACCUCCAAGUAAUUUUGGACGGACCUGAAAAAAAAAGAAAUAAACUCUCUGUGAAAUAAAUCACUAGUAAUAAAAAAUAUCCAUAGCAAAUGUAUAUUUCAACUCCUAUUAGAUUUGGAAAUCACCAAGAACCGCCUGAGACUAUUAUAGUCAAAGUCUUUAUUUCAAACCAUUGGUAAAUUUCCUGUAAACCAAUAAUCUUAAACUUUUCUGAUACCUCUCAGAUUUACUGAUGCCUGGUGGUUGGACCGGGAUACCACACAUUUGUUUUAAAAAAAUAAAAGUAAUGGGCAUAACAAAUUGAUGAUAACUAUCAAAACAAUUAAUUUCUAACAAAUAAUUAUAAAGAAAAUAUGUUUUUACCUGCCAUUUUUUAUCAAAACCACUUCAAAACGUGAAGCAAAUACACUUGUUUACACCAGAACAAUCCUUUCACAGUAACCAAAUAUCGAAAUAAAAACAGAAUUUAUUGCCAUCUAGAGCAUGCAUGUAAUAUUUCCAUAUAAUAUACUACUUAGGCAACACACUAUGCAUUGUGGUUAGAUCAAAUGACCGCUAGACGUUUACGUACAAAUUUAACCCUACAAUGCAUGAUUUUUUAAAUUUAUUUCAAAAAAAUAUUUUUGGUUAGGUAUUAGUGCUGUGAAUGGGUAAAAAAUAUUUAAAAAAAUCUUUUGUUUUUUUAUUAUAUAUUUUUUUAAUUUUGUUUAAAUCUAUCACAUAUGCUACAACACGCACUUAUGAUACAAAAAAAAGGAAAAAUGGUCUUAACAGUUUAUUGAUGGAAGUUACCAAAACAAUUUUUAUUUUUAUUCAAACAUAGGUGAACUUUGCAUUUUUCACAAAAAAUAAAAGAAAAUCCUCUGCAGCCGGGUAUUUUACAUCGUUGCCUGGUAUUACUCCAGUUCGGAAUGUGACCAAAGUUGUCAGUUCUUACAUCUUUUGGAGGAAUUGCGGUUGAAGAUGAUUUUUUCUUUUUCUGUUCUAAAUUUCGGUCAAGUGAAGAAGAUGGCCUUCCCCUCUUUUUUGAAUCAUUCUGCCCAACGUUGCACAGACAAUUGGCGAUUUCAGCACGAAAUUUUUCCAUUGACAUUGUGGCUGUGGUUCCUAUUUGCCUCUCUACCCUCCGAUAGAGAAGCCAUGCGUUGAUGAUGGUAAUGUCAACUAAAUGAUAAAAAAUUCUGCAGUACCAUUUUCUGGUUCUCAUUGAGAUUUUGUAACGCCCUAAAAUACUAUCUAAAAGAUCCACUCCGCCCAUAUGUUUGUUAUAUUCUAACACUAAGUUUGGACAUGGUACUUCCACUCGUUUUUUCUCUUUUUUAUCAAACCUUUUCACUUCUUGAACUGGAGAAGAACCCACGUAUGUAGAAAGUAAUGUGACUGCUUUAUUAUCCAGCCAUAAAAACUGAGGCAAAAGGAGUAUUUUGAAAAGAAGUUACAUAUUCUUCGAAAGAACUUCGCGUUUUUUUUUUGAAAACAGUAUCACUAGAAAAUUUGCAGUUGGGCAAACGAUUCCUUCUCACUGUUCCUAGCGAAAGAAUGCCAUUUGAGAAUAAAUAUGACAUCAGAGGAAUUCCUGUAUAAUAAUUAUCAAAAUAGACAAUGUAAUUGUAGUUUUUGGGAAUUGACCGGCACAAGCGUAUAACAACGUUUGCUGAAGCCCCAAGGUCAGGCUCAUUUGGAAAACGGUAUUUCUCAGAAUUUUCUUGGCCCGAGUAUAUUUGAAAUUGGUACGCAUAUCCCGUAACACCAGAUAAAACAUAUAAUUUAUAGCCCCACUUUGAGGCUUUAGUGGCAUGUACUAUUUCAUGUAGUGUCGGGCCUUUGUUGCUGCACACAUUUGCUCAUCUACAGAUAGACACUUUUCAAAUGGAACAGUUUGGAACGUUUUGUUCAAAGAGUCGAUAACUGGCCUCAAUUUAUGCAGACGAUCAUGAUCCGCAUGAUCUUUAGGAAGCAUUUUCGUGUCAUCAUUGAAGUGUAGGAUUUCACGAGAAUUUUUUUAAAUCGAUUGAUACUCAUGGUGUUUUUUAUUUUUUUGAAUCCAUAUUCCUCAGACCAGUAUCUUCUGAUAUUUGACAUAUUUAUUACCGACAUAUACCAAUGCAGAUACCAAUGUACUUCUUUAUUUCUCCAGUCGUUAUAUUUGCCGGUUUCGAAAUAUUUUUUUGAUUGCUGUAGAGGUUCGAUUCUUCAGUGAUUUUCUCAAAUAGCUCUCAAAUAAAAAAGUAUCUGAAAAAAAAUCAACAAAUUACAUACUAAACUGCAAAAGGAAUAAUUGACUUAUUAGGUUUUACCUGAAGAACUGAUAGGGUGUUGAUAACUCCAUUAUAUUUGUUGGAAGAUUUCCAUCACCUCUAAAUGAUGUACCUUGAACUUUUUGUUCAAAAGAUGCUUGCUUCCAGCAAAUAGAUUUGAAUGCGUCUUUAUCCAGUGUAAAUAUAUUUUCUUCUGUACCGUUCGCGUCUUCAUUCUCAGGUAUUAUUUCGUCGACAAUAUCUGCCUCAUUAUUAUUUUCAACGUUCGAAUUGGUUAGUUCUACACCAUCUAGUUCAUGCUCAAAAAUAAUUGGAGUAUUUUCAAUGUCCAAAUUGGCGUAAUCCACAGGAUCUUGAAACUUUUGAGCAAUUCUAAGCAAUUAUCAACGUUUUCAUUUAAAUUAUCUUCGUCCAAUUCUUCCAGAUCAUCGUCACUUUCAAGAAAACGUUCUGCCAACUUUUCCAACUCCUGGAUUGUCAAAGGUUUUCGAAAAUCCCUUUUUUUGUCCAUCGCCCUGAAAUUAAAAAAAAAAAUCAUAAAAUGCAUGUUGUAGCAUAUUUGCUACACUUUAUUAGAAUACCCGGUAAUUUUUUUUUUAUGAAUUCUGGAUACGCACUGAUAUAACAAAUAGUUUGAAUACUUGAAUACUACCAAAUUUAUCGAGUUUGUCUGCCAAAACCGCUUCAAAUGUUCAAAAAAACACAAAUUUACUACGUCAGACACACACACCAACCGCCAAAACAACACAGCUGACAUUAGAAUUAAAAUUCUGUACUUGCUGCGCCAUCUAUUGCCAGCAAAGCGAAACCCGAUUUAAAGUGUGUAUAUAGUAUGCUACACUAUGCAUUUAGGUGUAUCAUAAAACAUUUAAUGAAAAUAGAAUUCUUCAAUAUUUUAUAUGUAGCAGAUAUGCUACAUGAUGCAUUGUAGGGUUAAUAAAUUGUGGUUAUCUCAGCUAACCACUGGUCCUGAAAGGGAUAAUAAGACCAACAAAAAUAUGUGCUGCUAUCUAUGAACAAUAUACCAAAGGGGGCUUGAGCCACUCUGGUUUUGAAAAUAUAGUGGUUAAACUUGAUUAAAAUAAUGUUUACUUCAUUUAUUAAAUGAAGUAAUAAUUGAGGCGCAAUAUAAUUUUAUGUAAACGUAAUACAUUGAAUCGCUAAAGUUUAUAUUCAAUCCAUUAACAUUAUUUAUGCUUCAUCGUACCCUCGACCUUUCGUAGAAAUCAUUUUUUUAUAUCGCUCGUUUUUACUUAUUCACAUCGUGGGUAUAAAAUGAAGCACCCUACAUUAUUGAGCAUUACAUUCCUUGUGCAAAACAAAAAUCGUGCUUAUUAAUCUUACUUCGGGCGAACUUUGACAUAUUAUUCUAAACAUUAUUAUAAUGCUAUACGCUAAAUAAUUACAUGGUACUUACUUUUUGUUUGCAAGAAUAAAAAAAACACCAGCGGCAUUCGAUACACAAUACCACCCGUCACCAAAAUAUUAACGAUUAAUAUUUUCGUUGGUCCACUAACAAACUAUUAUAAAAAGAAAUAUAGACCUGAUUUAGUAGUGAAACCGCUAUACCUGAAAGGGUCGAAAUUUAACGAGGAAAAUCGAAAUAAUUAUUAAGUUUUAAUGGUUACGCAUAUAAAAUGAUAUUUCCUAAAAUGUUAAAUCUAUAAAAAAAUGCCUUGACGUUUUAAUUGCCACCAAAUUUUCAACACUUUCACUAUCCGUCAAUAUUCUUCCUUUAGCUCCUUUUUGUUCUCUUUUUAAUACGAUCUAGGACCCAAAAACGUAUACAAAGUUAUUAAAAAAAAAUAGUAGCUUUGCAUAAUUAUACUAUACAGGGUGCCUCGAUUAACCUUUAAUAGCAUUUAUUAAUACUUACGGAGGCUUCCUAAUUAAAAAUUUAAAAAAAUAUGGUUCUGCACGCUGUAUAGUGGCAAUAUAAUCCUCGUGUACAUAUAACUGUUAGAAUAUUAUCUAAAAUGAAUCUUAAUUGUAAUUUUAGGGGUUUAGCAGAGAAGUUACUUUAAUGUCUUUUUUAAUACCUAGGUGCAAUAAUUGGAAAAUAAUUUCAAAAAAAAUGUCAUAACAUUUCUGCGAUUUCGCUGUUAAACCUGCCACUAUUUACCAUGUAAAAUAGACCCAUUAUUGUUAUAAUUUUUCCAUUGAAUUGUAUAUUUUAUUGUAUUGUAUAAAACUUUUUUUUAAUAUAUACAGAGUGCUCCGAAUAUGUAUACUCCCACCAAGAAACACUAGCACUGUCUGUUUAUCCGGUAUAUAUUACACAUUUUAAAAAUUAUACUUAAAAAUGACUAAACAUUAGUGACGUAACUAAAAAAGACUAACUAUACCAAAAAAGUGGUUUUGGUAUAUACGCUUAAUAUUAAAAAAGAAAAAAUCCCUUAUCGUGCUUCUCAGUAAUUACGUACGUAUAAGCUUGUUUUUGUAAAUGCAAAAUUAAAAAUACAAUAAUAGGCAUUAGGAUUUAUCCCAAAUAGAAAUCACGAGACCCAGCUCAGAUAUUUUAAAAUUUUACUUCACGUAAUAGGAACUAGGUUUUAACAAAUCCAAAAUCAAAACGGCAAUUGGUUUUUAAAUAGAAAAUAUUGUAGAUAUCGUUUUCUUUUUUUUUUUUUUUGUAUAUUUUUACUGAUUUAUAUAUUUUUUUUAAUUGUGCAAGAUAAUUGAGAUGCUCGGGACAACAAGAUACAUAAGCAACAUUUGGUAUUUUUUGAGAAAAACGACUUUAAGGAUUUUUGUUUAAGGUGGUGUGUGUCUUAAAAAUAAAAUAAAACUACAUUUUCAAAAUAAUUUUUUGAAACAUGUUUUCAUACUUAGUUCAAAAGUUCUACUCACAUAUGAGGAGCAGUUGCAAAAUGCGGUUUGUCCAAAAUUGUAAAUUUUCAGGAAACAUCAAAAACUGGUGCUACGAAUCGGUCUUACUUACCGAGCUAGGACUUACCAAAAAAUUUGGAAAAUUUAGGAUAAGUAAAUACUAGAAUGGCAGACUAGAAGAAGCAAAAGUAACUUUGGUUUUUUAGAAAACAUAUGGACAAAAUGCUAUUUGCAGGUCUAUAGUGGACAAAAUGCCUUUUGAUUGUCACUUGGAAAAACUUUUUUGGUAAAAUUACCACCAAAAAAUGAAGAACCAUUUUCUUUAAGCAGUAUUUUUAUUUUUUAACAAACUCAAAUGAAGGUUACAGGCAAAGAAGGUGCUCUGUCAAAAAAAUAAGUUUUGAGAAAAACGGCUUCAAAGGUUAAUACUCUAUGGUGUUUGUUUAUUGGGAAAAUAUAAAAGGUGAUAAAUUGUUUUAAUAAUGUAUUGGAGUAUUACCCUCUAGAGAGUUAAAUAUAAAAAGUCACAAAGCAAAUUCAAAAAAUGUGUAAGAACAUUUUUUACAAAAUUGCAAUUGAAUGACCUAGAUGAAAAAGGGCCCAUCUUUGAAAAAGUGGAUUUUUCAGGAAAUGCAAAAAAUUGUAUUUCGGAUAAAGAAAGUAAAAAUGUAAUAUAUGAAAUUGACCUAUGUAUUUGUGACAUAUUUCAAAAUGUUUUUACACCAAAUUUUUCUCUGAAAAUAUAUGUCUACAGGAUAUACAGGGUUACAAAAAUUCUAAAAAUGGGCCUUUUUUCUUCCAAGUGAUAAUCUAUUGAAGGUUACAAAAGAACUACUAGAAAAUAAAAUGAAAAACAGGAAAUGAAAAAUAUUUAUUUGAAAAUCUAAUUACGUUUUUUUAUACAGAAAUAUGUUUUCCAUGAGCUAAGGGUCUUCCUGAUCAUCCUCGUGUGUACAUGUAGCACCUGACAAGGUAUCAUAAAAUGCGAUAGCAUUUUCAUCUUUCAAAAACUUGCAAAGCUCCUUGAUGUUUUGUAGUUUUAGGGCAUUUAUUGGUAUAUCACCAGAAUAAGCAAGCUUUUCGGGUAUAGGGACACGUUCAACGCCAGGUUUCAGAAGACGAAAUACAUCGGGACACCAUUCAAAGAAAAGCUGCCAAACAUGAAGUACUUUGAUUCAGCUUUAAAGUCAAAGAACUUGUAUUUGGUUAUUUGAAACUUUAACUUAUUUGUGGUGAAGGUUUUUUUUAAAAAACGGUUCAGACAAUCCGGCUACAAAGUCCUUUACCAUAUUGCUUUUAAGCUCAACAACGGUAAAUUUGGUACUUAUGAUGCUGUUCCAAUUUGAAGGCGAUUCAACUACUUCCCUUUUUCUUUGCAUUUUUUCUAUAGCAGCAAAAUGCCUGUCACAAGGCAGGAAACUGUGACCCCGUUGUGAAAAAAAAUGCUGAACAUUUUUAAACUUUCCAUUAAGUACCAAUGACUGCCAAAAUUUUAGCAUGUUUUGGUUAUGAUUCUGGCCCCUGCAACCGUCAGUAAAUAUAUAUAACUUUUUAACAGUGCUAGGUAGGAAUGCUUCUAUGUAAUGGUUAAGUACAGAGAGAACUUCGUACAGCCCCGCUUUGCAAUAUUUUCAGGCCAAGUAUACAUAAUGCUCUUUGCUUUUUUGCCAGAGUAAAUGGACAUACAGUACAAACAAAGUUGUCUUUUAUAAAAGACAUCACUAGUACACAUAUGUGGACAGGGAAUAUUUUGUUUAAAGUCGAAGCAGAGAACUUCUGUAUCUUCAUUUUCUUUAGCUUUCAUCAAACAUUCUUGCAUCUUUGUGUAAAAUAGCUUUGCUUUUUUCUUAUGUAACUCAAGAUCUAUUUCAUAACCUCUUCUUAAUGCGCCAUUUUUUUCGCUGGAAAUUUUGGCCUCUAUUUCUGAACACGUAGUACAAACAUCUGAACGAGGGCGACCAAACGUGUAGUUGUAGUUGUCACGAAAAUACUGUAGAUAAAAAGAAUAUUUCACUUCACAUUUCAAUUUUUGGAAAUUCAGAUCAUUUUGUUUGGCGUCGAGUAGGACUUCUGGGUAAUGUUUUUCCAGAAACAUUUCAUACAUUUUCAAAACACUCAGCUGUGGUGACAGAUACCUUCUUCGCUCACCGCUUGGUCCAUAGUGCACAAUAUAAUAUGGAAAACUUUGUAUAUGUGCAUCAAUAUUUUGAACAACAAUACCAGAUAAUUUGUUUUUUCGGUUAGUGUGCUUGCCACGAUUAUCGGUUGGCACAGCGGCUAAAGUCUUGCAUGCUCCAAUAUUUCGCACCCUCUUGACUCCAAUUCCAUGCAAACUGGCAAAGCCUUCACGACAUGCACUUUAUACGAAAAAUUAAACUUCUUCUUGAACACUCCCUUUCUUUUUCGGUUUACUGACGAUACUGUCAUAAGAGGUUGUAAGUGAACAUUCUGGGCCCCAUGAUCUCCAAUCUCAUUAAAAUUUUUCAAUAUACGAGCCAUCUCUUCUUUUGAUAAUGAUGUAAGACAUUUUCGUUUACAUCUACACAAAAAUAAGAUAUAUUUUAAACUAUAUACAACAUUCUUUACAAUCCUAACUUACCUGCAUUUUUGACCUGUUUGUCUAGCAGCUUUUCUUCCUGAUUUACCAAUGUACUCCUCCCCUUUUGCCUUUAACUUUUUAUUUUUGACACUUUUCCACUCUUCAAUUUUCCUCUUUCUUUUCAAUUUUAUAACACUUGCUUCCUCAUUUUCUAAGACAUCCAUGAUUAUAUGAAUCAAGAAACAAAAAUCCAAAAACCACACUGAUAUUUUAUUGUUAUUAUGAUUUGAAGGUUAUGUUUACAAAUAUCAACACAAAUUAUGGGUAUUUAACUUGGGGAAAGAAAGGCCCAAAUGUAGCAGAUGGGCCCUUAUUCUUCUCAGCAGAGAAAAACAGCUGAUUCAAUCCGUUUUAGAGUACGUUUAGUGGGCCUUUCUUCUACUCGGUAUAUGCCAACUUUGACAAGGAAUCAGAAUUCAUAAAAAACGGGUUUUCGACAAACUGCACAGAUGGGCCCUUUUUCGUCUAGGCUAUUCAAUUAUUAAAGAGAAAGAAGGUCUUUUGUCAAGCAACUACACUAUACUACUAUAACACAAACUACACUAAACUUGAUAUUGUAAUAGUAAAACUUAAAAUCCAUAUGAACAAAAAGUAAAACCGUUUUAUUUUCUAAAAGGCGAUCUGGCAGUGUUUUAUUUAUCCUAGAACCAAAAAAAAAAAUUAGACCAAAAUCAUGACUGAAGAGCUGGUCAAGCUUACCGUAGUAAUCAAAACGCUUAAAGUUAACGUUGUCCGUUUUUCUUAUAUAAAUGAGGCAGAUGGUUAUAGUAGUCUUGAGCAGCUGAGCCACAAAAUAUCUUUAGCUCUUGGAGAUUUUUCCAUUUUUCCUUACUUAUGGGUAUAGGCCAGUGGCGGCUCGUGGGUCAAUCUUCAGGGGGGUUAUUUUGGUUUGAAAACUUAGUUUAGUCUAAUAAAAAAAAAACAAAUCGAACUAUUGAUUUUUUAAAGUAUUUGAAAGAUCUUUUAGCAUUUAUAUUUUAGAUAGAAAAUACAGACUUAGAUAAAACUCAAUAAUAUUUACGAGAUUAAGCGGGUUAAAGUAACUUUAAAUGCUUUAAUCGUUUUCCGAAAAUUAACUUUGCCUUUUUAUUAGAGUAAAUAUUUUAAAUAAAAAUAUAGGAAAAAGGGUAUAAACAGGUUAUCGACUGAUAUAAAGGAAUAUUUAUAUAAUAAAUUGUAAAUUUAUUAAAAUGAAACUUACCUUAAAUAUUUUUAUAUUUUAAGUCAAUUCUCCUAUCCUUUAUUUCUGCAAAAUAUUCUAUGACCUUCUCAUUGAAAUUUGGAAUACUUUUGACAAGCGUUUUCUCGAUGCUCAACAUAGACAAGGCACUAAGUCUAGAUUGUCCCAUCGUAUUACGCAGGAAUGUUUUUACUCUUUUUCAUGUAGAAAAACAUCUCUCACUUUCCACGGUUGUCAUAGGGAGUGUGCACAAAAUAUUUAAUAAUUUCACUGCUUCAGAAAAUGUUUCAGACAAAUUCAUGUUAAUAAAAAGCUGAAGUAUGGCUACUGCACCGGCACUAUUGCGAAAAUCCUCACGACAAUAUAUGACUUCAAGUUCAGAUUUUAGUUUGGAAAUAUUUACUGUGGGAUAAUGAGCCUUCACCAUAUUUAAAAUAUUUUGCGAAGUUGGUAGUGUAUGCUUCAAAUUUCUCUGUGUAGAAUAACUGUGAAAUCGUGAGAUGAUCAUUGAAACCAAACCUGUGAUUUAUUUCAGAUAUAAUAAUAUUACAAAUUUCCAGUGCAGUUCGUCGCUUUGGAUCCUCUGUAGCUGUAGUAGUUUUUCUUUUUUUGCUGUUGAUGUGCUUGGUUCUUCUGAUUCCAAUAUAUUAUUUCUAAUUAUUUGGAUAUUGUUCUUAAAAGACAGUAUAUAAUUUUUGACAGAUAUGACAUCAAUAUCUCGCAUUUGCAAUUGUUUAAACAAUAUAUCAACAUGGGACAUUAUUUUAUGGAAAAAAUUUAACCAAAAUAAAAAAAGCUCAUCUUCCAAAUGUAUUUUUAAACCAGUUGCUUGAUUUAUAUUGUUACUAUCUUGCUCCUCCUCAAUAAUUUCCUCUAAGCAAGAUUUUAAAUCAUCUUUAUAAGUGUAUACAAUUUCAACACAUUUUGUAUUGAAAGCCCAUCGAGUGGGUGCAGCUUUAGGUGGCCUUACUUUAACCACUCUAUCCAGAACCAUCGUACGUUUUAGAGAUCGGCCGAAAAAGGACGAAAAUGCGUGUAAAUUUGCAAAAAAUAUUUUUAUCGGUUUAUGUUGACUCGCCGCUUUUUGCAGGAUAAGAUUAAGUUGAUGGUCAUAGCAGUGAAUAAAGUGUGCAUUUGGGUAUAUUUCUUUAAUUUUUGUUUGUACUCCUCCCAGUUUACCGCUCAUGACUGAUGCACCAUCGUAACUUUGGGCAAUCAAUUUUUCAGGUGCUUCAUUAAUUUUUAAUAAUUGACGUUCUUCCAAUAUUACAUUAGUUAAAUGUUGUGCUGUGGUACCUGGAGGGUUAACAAAUGUCCAAAAUCUUUCAUGUACAAUACCAGUUAAUACAUAUUGCAAUAUGACAAUCAUCUGCGUUUUAUUGGAGCCGUCUGUGGUCUCAUCUACUUGAAUUGCCACAAAAUUUGUCUGGCCAAUUUCCUUAAUUAUAUGAGUAUGUACAAUGGCUAACAUUGAUUCUAAAAUAUCGUUCUGAAUUGUUUUUUGUUGUUCCUUUAAAUACUGUAAUAUGUUCUUUAAACAUUAAAUCCAGUUCAGAAACAAAAUCGAUAAGGCCCAGAAAAAUUCCAGGAUUAUUGGAGCUGUUACUUUCGUCAUGACCGCGCAAUGCAAUUUCGAAAACUCCGCAAAAUUUUACACAGUCAAUUAGUUUGUUUAAAAUAUACCUAUUUUUAGAAACCGAUUCGUUAAAAUCAUGCACAGAUUUACGAUGUACACUAUCAAGUUGCUGUCUUAUGUUAACACGUCCAAAAAUUGCGUAACUCAUUGAUGAAUUUAUAUGAGUAGUGGAAGAAGCAUGCCUUGUAAUUUUCACUUUUAAAUGCUUAAUGUCAGUUGUUACUCCAUUUUUCGCCCAUACAGCGUCAUUCGAAAACAAUAAACAUGGGUAGCAAAAAAAUACAUUUCUCACACUGCAGCCACAAAUCCAAUCACACAAAUUGUACAUUGAUUCUUUAAAAUAUCUUUGAAUAUCUUUACCCCUAUCCUUUGUUGCUUGUUGUAAAUUCAUAUUUGGUUUUGGUCGACCACUUUCUUUUUUCUCAAGGCGCCGUUCAUAAUUUAAUGUUCCAGUAGAUUUUAAGGCAAUUAUUCCGUCAACAACACUCAAUCAGAAAAAAAAUCCAAUAAUAGUCACAAAAAUAAAUUACGAAAUGUAAACACGCGCCGCGAUAUAUGCAAUACCGUCAAAGUGCGGGCGGCAAACAACUAACUAAAACAAAACAUUCAUCCAGUCGGGCCGUCGACUACAUUAGAGAUAUAGGACUGAAAGGUGACUCUCACUCCCGCUCACGAAAUGCGAAUCUGCCCUUUGUUCUAUUUUACAUGCAUUUCGCCAUAAGAACUGUAUAGGGACAAUUUAAAAUACGGCCCAGCCACGGGCUUGUGUGAUGAGCGCGAGGCGCGACGUUGGUAAUAAUGGUAAUAUAUUUAUUUGUUUUGCCAAUGCAGACUGCUUAGAGAAUUUUAUAAUUCACAGUGAAGUUUUAGAUAAAAGAUAUUUUUAAUAAAAUUGGUAUUUUUAUGAGAUUAUUUUAGGGGGGUCAUUGACCAAUUGACCCUAAGAAGGAGCCGCCACUGGUAUAGGCUCUAAAAGAAAAUAAAUUUUCGCUGUCACAAGGAUGUUCUAACAGUUAAAAUGUUUAUCUUACCUUUAUAUAAGUGAUCUGGCAGUUCAAAUUCGUUGGCUUCUAACUUUAUUUUAGUUUUAAAUUUGGGAUCAGUGAUUUCAGUGAGCAGUAGUUUCACAAGAACCAUUGUAGCUAUCUCGGUGAAGUAUCAUCCUUGUGUUCCUUUUCUUUUUUCAUUUCCCUAAUAGGCCUGGAAAGAAACAGACAUGUUCUUCUAUAACGUUCUUUAAAGAAUGUUGUCCAGUAUCUGAAGUACGUUUGGUUAACGUUUACCACGUGAAAAGGAGAUGGUUUCUUUCUUGCCAUGCGGAAUACUUCUUGCCAUUGUUCUGGGAGUUCCACUCGUGUUUUUUGGUUUAUUAGUCCAAAGUCCUUAUCGCACUCCAUGUACGAAUGACCCCUUAUUGGAUAUGUAACCUUAAUCAAAUCCAGCUUUUUUUCUACAUGUACUACAUAGUGCAAAAAACGAAACAUAGUAUAAUUCUUGUUGUGCCCUCGCAAAAUAUUUAUAGUUCACGAACUUCAGAAUUAAAAUAAUUAUGUAGCAAAGAGCAGACAUCAUCACUGCCUUUUUUUCCAACUGUUUCAGGGUACAUGUAAAAUAUGCUUUAUGAUGUAGAAAGAACAUGGAUAUUGAAUGCAUACGUGGACAACUGCCGUUUAUAAUAUACGUCAUUCGUACUAAUAUUCGGAACCGGGAGGUUUUUUGCAAAAUCGAUGCAGAUUGCUUCCAUGGAGACCAAUUUCUGGCUACGUGUUCUUGAGUCCCUUUUUCUUUUGUAAAAUUGUUCUGCUUUCGUUUUGUGUAGCCUAUUCUGUAGGGUAAACUGUCCAACAAUGAACCAUUUUUAUUUUUUACUCAUUUUUUAAAGAGAAUAGAGAAGGUAAAAAUUUGCAAACUUCAGUUUAUAUUAGUUAUUAUAAUGAUGUAUUAAAUACAGGCACCAUUUAACAAAAAAUAAUAUAGAGUUAAUCUUUAUAAUUUUUUUUUUAAACCUGUUUUGUGGUUUACUGUGUACCACCUUGUGGGUACAAUGAACCAUCUACACUGUUCACAGUGAACCAAAAACAAAAAAAAACGAAUGAAGUAUGAUUAUGUAUUUUUCAAUAAUUACAACCAGUUUUAAAGUUUUAAAUUCGAAAAAUAAGUUAACAAAAAUAAGAACUUCUUUUAAAAAACUAAGAACAAAAAACAAAACAAAAAAAACUUAACUUUUACAAAAAAAUAGGAAUUUUAACGAACAUCUAAUAAACCUAAAUUAACAUUAAAUUUAAAAUAGGAAUUUUGCCUUGAGGUACUUCCAAUAAUAUGAGGCUUUGGUAAAAUAGUUUUUAUGUCCGCUAGAUCUAUAUCUGCCAUAUCUGUAACAAGAGGCAUGUAAAACAUAUUGCCUAUAACUUUUCUACGCAAGAACGUUACAGAAAAACUAUUUUUAUUUUCUUUUAAAAUUUUCCCCACAUAAUAAAUAAUAUUUUUCUUUAAUUGAAAUUCUACAAGCACAAAGUCAUCAGGAAGUAGGGCUCUCUCAAAUGGCGGUAGACUUUGCCCACUUGCACUUACGAUACAACAUGUAGUAACUAAUGUUCCCUUUUCUCCACUGGUUACUUUGGACAAGCAUCUUAUACCCUUGGGUGCCAAGACUCUUUGAGGUUUUUGCACGGUAGUAGUGGAAGUUUCGUCCAAAUUAAAUAUUCGCGUCCCAUCGGCAAACCGUGGAUCUCUUUGCAAAAUAUUAUAAAAAUUAUCAAAAAAUUUUCCCACAUUUGAUCGGUUAAAAGAGGUUGCUCUGGCUAGACUACAACGCUCUGGGCAUCUUAGCGUCAAGGUUGGAUGUCUUUGGCGAAAAGAACGCAGCCAUUUUAUUCCAGCUAACUCCUGUUUUGACCAUGAAGCAGGCAUUUUUAUAUUUUUUUUUUGCCAUUUGGUAAGCAAUCCUACGACAAUCUUUAUUUGUUACGCCGUAAAAAGCAUAAGCACAUUCAUAUAUGUAUUCCACUAACGACUUUUCUUGCUCCACUGUAAAUACUUUGUUAACCUCAUAGUUUGGAGUAAGUCGAACAUCGUCUCCUAACUGUUGCUGCUUCAUGAAGUAUCUCCGAAGUGUUGGAUAGGGAAUAGAUUUCCUUCUAGAGGCUUCUCGUAGGCUAAUUCCCGUAUUCUUGAGAGCAAGAGCGUCAGCCAUUUGUGCCUCAGUGUGCUUUCCGAUGUUACGUUCUCGUUUUUUGCGAGCCAUGAUGCUAAAAGUCAAUUUUUUUAUAAAUAUCAUUUUAUAGAUAAUACGGUCCACAGUGAACCGAUUCACUGUGUAAAUUUGCUACUAUCCAAUAAAAAAAUUAAUAACAAAAUAGCAAUAAUGAAAAACAAAAGAAUUAUUAUUUAUAAGUUGGCUAAAAAGAAUCAACAAUAGAUGACACUAUCAACCAUUUCAAAAUAUUUGAGCAAACACCCCAAAAACAUUGGGUAAAUGAACAAACGAAAUUUAGUUUGCUUACCUGAAAACACACAAUUGCACGUGGCGCGUUUAAAAUAAUGCUGAUCGACGAGAAUCGACUAGCAUACGUUGGAGAUGCUUUAAGCGGUCCCCACCGGAACAUCGUCUCCUAACUGUUGCUGCUUCAUGAAGUAUCUCCGAAGUGUUGGAUAGGGAAUAGAUUUCCUUCUAGAGGCUUCUCGUAGGCUAAUUCCCGUAUUCUUGAGAGCAAGAGCGUCAGCCAUUUGUGCCUCAGUGUGCUUUCCGAUGUUACGUUCUCGUUUUUUGCGAGCCAUGAUGCUAAAAGUCAAUUUUUUUAUAAAUAUCAUUUUAUAGAUAAUACGGUCCACAGUGAACCGAUUCACUGUGUAAAUUUGCUACUAUCCAAUAAAAAAAUUAAUAACAAAAUAGCAAUAAUGAAAAACAAAAGAAUUAUUAUUUAUAAGUUGGCUAAAAAGAAUCAACAAUAGAUGACACUAUCAACCAUUUCAAAAUAUUUGAGCAAACACCCCAAAAACAUUGGGUAAAUGAACAAACGAAAUUUAGUUUGCUUACCUGAAAACACACAAUUGCACGUGGCGCGUUUAAAAUAAUGCUGAUCGACGAGAAUCGACUAGCAUACGUUGGAGAUGCUUUAAGCGGUCCCCACCACACACACUAAAGACCGUUGGUAAAUGUAGCUGCGCCAAAUUUGAAAAUGGUUCUCUGUGUACUGUGGUUCACUGUUGGACAGUUUACCCUAUGUUUAAUUGGUUUAUAUCUGCCUCUAAUGUACGGUAAGUCACAUUUUCUGUUUGCGAUAAAUUAAGUCUUUCAGCUUCUAGACUUUUAAUCUUGGCUAAAUAUUCGUCGCAUUGACUACAUGUGUCAGAUCUAGGGUAUCCAAAGGAUAUGUUGAACUCAGUUUAAUCUUUUACACCUACAGUCUUCACCUAUAGUAUGGCUCCUCAAAUUUAUUAACUUAUUUACGUCACUUAAUUUUCCAUAUUUCUUCCUUUUUUUACUAUUUGCUUCUUUAGUCGAAAUGUCAUUAUCACCGAUUUCACCGUCAAUUACCUCUAUAACGUAAAGUUUUUAAUAAACACACGUGCACUGAAUAAAAGCCGUUUGUUUACUAAACAUGCCGGUAUUAAUUCGAUUGCAUCAGACCACGAGUAAAACUUGACAUAGCACUUGUUUCGCCGGGACCGCGCGGACUUACCACCUUUUUAGCCUGACUAGAGAUAUUAAAAUAUGUUGGUAUACCUGACUAAGCACGCUCUUAGUCGUGAUUGAUUUAUAGAAUAGUAGUUUAGCUUGCUGGCUAUCAUAUGGCGCCAAAAUCUCAUUUUCUGUAAAAAUUGACAUAACACCUUAUUUGCCUGUACCCUUCAAAUGAAAUUCUAAUUCUGGAUCCUGAUUCCAGUUUUCUCCAGAUAAACUAUCUACUUUUUUUCCCUUUAUUUUAUGACCCAAACCUAAUUCCUGUAAUUCUAUUUGAUCGAAUCUUGCUUGUGGUUUUAGGAGUGAUGAAACUUUUUUGUCUCAUCUGAAUUGCGAUAUAGUAACUCAGUUUUCAGCAAAAUAUUAUGGGUGGAACUUUUUUUCUUUAACAAGAGUCUUCGACAAGAAUGAAUGCCAGUCACUUUUUUCAGAUGCAGCAAAAGUUUUUUUAUGUCAAGUAAUGCCAGUCAGUUCCAAGUUUUUGUACACCACCCACUUUGAUGUAGAUAUCGCCGUUCCAGUAAAACAUGGGCGUAAGUGCUUAUAGGCAGAUUUUACAGGAGAGCAGAAAAACAAUUUAGACAUUCGUUUUUUUUGGUUUAAGCAAAAAGUAAUUUAUGAAUUAGUAUAACUUUUUUAUACGUAAAUAUACAUCAAUGAUACUUUUAAAAACUGCAAUGUUCUUUUUUUUUAAAUAAAAAUUUGUAGUGAAAUUUGCAGUUACGUCUUUGUUCCAGUAAAAAAAAAAUCUUACGUUAUUACUUAAGACUUUAUUAUCAUAUUAAUAAACAUACAAAAAUAGCUCAUGUUAAUAGCAUAAAUUUAAAAAACCGUUCAACAUAAAAUAGAAUUCUCAUAAAAAUAAAAACAAACAAAUUUUAGACAAAAAUUAUGGGAAAAUACUGUUAUAAAAUGCCUUGUAAAAGGAUGGAAUAAUGUUGCUCUCGAUUAAGCUUUGCAAAUCCCGUUUUUUAUUUUGCGAAAGUGGAAAUGGCUUUGCAUAAGCCUGUUUGAGAGUUAUAUUGGCACAUUUAUUAAAAGAGUUGUCAUCUGCACGUCUUUUUUUUUUGUUAAAAUUAACAGAGAACCAUGUACUUUGUUUAUAGCUAGUUUUAUAGCGAUAAACGUUACUUCCUUUUUCAAAAGAUAAAAUUCUAACUUCAUUUAUUUUAAACUCAUCACCAUCAACAUUUUUGGCAAUGCUUAAACCCAUGUCAUCAAAUAAUGCUUUAAUAUCCAAAAAGUUUUCGAAUCCCAUAUCUUGUACAUCAAUUUUAUUUCCUUUUUUUUUUUAGCUUCUCUGAUCAUGUAAACGUAUUGCUCCGGAACGGCUCCUGAUUUUUUUGAUUUGAAUAUCUGCUUUUCGAUGACGUUGUGAAUCGCGUCGCCCUCAUUCUGGGUAUGCCCUCGUAUUAAGUAUUUGUGAGUUAUCGCCAUAUAAACGGCGAUCAGAAAUCUAAAAUUUAUUUUUUAAUUUUAAACUAAAACCUAGUCAGUUAUAAAUAUUGAAUGACGAAUAGCUAGAUAAAAUAAAAUAUUGAUGUACCUGUUUUUUUGUUGACCCAUGCAGUUAUCGGAAUAAAAAACUACAUUAACACCUGGAGAACGCUCUGAAAGGCUUUUUAAAUAAAGCAAUACGCACGUUCCAAUUUCUAUGGCUCCCCUAUUUCCCAAGUAUUCAUGCCAGAAAUAAGCCUUCGUUUUGUCGUUUGUUAUCUCUGUUACCUUUAAAAAAUCUUAAAAUUAUACUUAGUAUUUGUAAAUUACGUAGUCGAUUCAGAAAGUUACCGUAAAAUUGUAACAGUUUAAUCUAGAUUUAUAGAAAAACGCCGAAGUUUGGCCUAUAGGUACAGGCAGAACUGCUUGUAAGUCGUAUACAGCUAAUACAAUUUCGUGAUCUUUUGAUCUUUGUUUAUCGACGUCCUUUUCUUGGCGGCUGAGAAGUUUUUCUUCUAAAUGUUCACAGUAUUUCGUUUCUAGUUCUUUUCUUUUUUCCUCAGUUCCUUGCUUGUACAUCUCACAAAGAUCACGCUGAUCUUUCUUAGGGGAAUGAAAUCCUAUAUUAAACUUUGUAUUAAAUAUUUGGGUAUAGUAGUCAUACGAGGCUGCGUUUUUGUUAUCAGCAGAGUAAUUUCUGUGCAGCUCUGCAAUUGAAAGUCUACCAUCAAUAAAUUCACGGGUAGUUUCGCUCCUUACAUAGUGGCUUUUAAUUCUAGGAAUCGAAUUAAUGUGAUCAAUGAUGGACUGUAAGAUUUCCUCGUCAAGUUUUCUGUGGUUACCAUGCUUUCCUCUUUGAUCUUUAUCUAUAAUACCAUUACCAGAUGACACUUUUGAUUUAAUAAUAGUUGAUUUGACUUUUGAAUAAUAGUUGAUUUAACUUUUGAUAGUUGACUUUUGAUUUAAUAAUAGUUCUUAGCAUUUUUUCCGAAAUUCCCAAAGUAUUGAUUAAAAAUGUUUUACAUACUCUGGUUUUUCUUCCCUCAAUAAAUAAAUAAAAUGCAGAAUUUGGUUUUCUUGGUUCAGCAGAAGAUAUCCGUCUAUAUUUUAGAACUAGAUGCUCUAGGCAUGAUCCUAAAAAGUCUCGCUGCCGUUGUAAGCUUCCCAUUCCCCAAAAAUCUUUAAAAAUUUGAUCUCUACAUUUUUGCGAUAUUUUUGAUGAGCAUGAAAGAAUACAUUUCAGUGGACAAGGUGGCUUUAUGACUCUCGCUUCCACAAUCUUACCAGUUCUUGUCGAUAAAUAUUUUUGUCCUAAAUUCCUUUGCCUUUUUGCCUUGAUCAUUUUCCAGUUUUCCGUAUUUCUAACGGAAUUACGAAUCGGAUUCAUCGGAGGAAGUGGUAUUCUCCUCAGGUUGAUAUUCAUCACUGGAUCCAGCAGAAAAUGGUUCCUCUUCAGAACUAUCAUACUCUUUAUAGUUUGGUUUAAUUUUUCGUAAUUUAAUUUUUGAUUCAUUGUGGUAUUCAAUAGUAUAUUCACUAUAAUGCUUCAUAGGACUGACUUCACGCUCUAAAAAAUAGUUUGGGGCUUUACUUGUACAUGGCAAACAAUUGUCAUGGCUGACAGGUUGGAGCUCAAUAUAGUCAUCAAUCCCGGUAGCAUCUUUUUUUGAGUAUGCUCCAUUAUUCUCAGCUGUAUCAGAAUUUUCCGCAGUAUCUAAACUGACCGAAACGUUUUUUAAAAAUCCAUCAGAAGCAGCCGUUAUGGAGUUUUCAGCCAUUUGGGUAUAAUUACAUGGAUCGCAUUUUUCAGAUAAAAUAUUGUUUAUUUUUAUAUUUGAAGGAACAUUUUCAUCGUUCGCAAACUCCUCUACAGAAUAGAAAAAAGAAGGUUCGCUAGUAUUCUGUAUAUCCCUUUCUGAAUUUGUGCUAUUUAUAAUAUUUUGCUGAUUUACCAGACUUAGGAUUUUCCUGGUACGAGCGUUCAUUUUACUAAAAAAAAUUAAAAAACGUGCUUAUCAAAUUUAAAAUAAAGAAAUAAAUAAAUUAUAAAAAUUCACGCGAAUUACCAUAAAAGUGUUCUGCCAGUACAGGUUAUAACAUACAAACUUAUACUAAAAAUACUUUUUUCGACAUGUAUUUUUACUUGUAAUAAUAGCUGACCAUCAUUAUUUAUUUGUUUUAAUUUAUUUAUAUUUAUCGCGUUUUUAUUUCAUUAAAUUCAUGUGGCAAAUAAGCUUAAACGUUUGUUGAUAAGUUGCCAUUUUUGCCACCACAAAUAAAAAAAGCAUUCGCCAUGGUGAUUUGAGCAGAGAAACGCCGCAAGCGUUCGAAAACACUGCGUGCCGACAAAGACGUGCGACAAAAGAAUGUGCCGACAAUAUACUCAAGUUAAAUGUGAACAGAUAAACGCGUGUUGUUAUGUUUUAAAUAAAAAAAUAUAUAAAACAAUUACGCUAAUAUUAAAAUUUAUAUUUAAAAACCUUCAGACAAUAAAGACGCAUUAGUAGAAAUGAGCAAAUUUAUUGUUAAAAACAUUUUAUAGAAUAUGGGCAUAAGAUACAUUUAUGCCUCAGUUAUAUAAAAAAGAAAUCGUUGUUUUGGCAGAAUAAAGACUUUAAGUACAGUUAAGCCCCUGUAUUACUAAAAAAUCUUAAGUAGUGCGAAAAAUAUAGACACAAAGUACACUUACGUCCUUCUUUCUACGGAACCAAAAUUACACACUGUAAACUAUUUUCCACAAUGGACAGUUACGUCUUUGUUGCACUCAAUUACAUGCGUCUCGCUUAAACACUUUGAGACAACUGACUGAUGCGUCGGUGUUAUAGCGAGUUGUAGUAGCUAAUAACAUAAAAUAUUAUAAGGACGCAAUUGACAUCUAGCGGUCAAUAUCGGUACUACAUUUACGGCUUUAAUAUACCAGAAAAAAGGUAUUAUUUUGGAAUGAUUGGCUAUCAUAACUCAUUUUUUGAUAAAAUUGCAGUUACGACCUUGUUUUACUGGAACGGCGAUAUCCCAAUAUUGAUCUGGAGUUUUUUAUAAUAUUAUGAGACCUUAAGCUUUUUUCAAUGCGUCCAAAGAUACGAUCGGCGGGGAGAUAAGAGUGACCUCUAAUUGGAAUUAUAAUUUCUAUGUCCCUAAUCUGCUCACAUGAAAACGUUUGAAGCCAAAACAUUAAAGCAUGCACAACAUGAUUAUUUUUAUUUUGUCCUCCACACCCAUCUGCAAAAAAAUGGAUUUUCGUCACAUUGUCUCGAAAUGUAAGUUUUUUCAAAAAAUCGAUAAGAGCGGAAGAUAUCUCAGUCGCCCCUCUACCUGCUUGGUGCUCCAUCCACGUAUAGAAUACAAUUAAGUUUGGUAAUGCAAAAAAAGUAUAUUGACAGCUAUUGGGCGUAAAAUGCCUCCUGAAUAGGGACCUUGGAUAAUACCUGAACUUGUUGCAGAUCAAAGCAAUAUGAAAUGGUAUUGGGAUCUUCAACUUUCAUUAAUUUAUGAAAUUGUGAUGCACGGAAUUUAUGCACUUUUAGUUCAGUAGAUAACUUUUGUUUUUGUGUAGCAAUUUGAGACAUACCAAGCCUGUUGUGUUGCGUAUUUUGAACAGUUUUCUCAAAAGAUACAUCGGAUGAAUUGCUAUGGAAGAACUGCCAAACAAAAAAAUAUAUGUUUGGGCCUAAGCCAUAAUGAUGUUUUUCUGAUUUUAUGUUGAUAAAUAUUAAUAAAACGACAAAAAAAGUAUAAGCCACUUCUUUUUAUAUACCGUUAUUUUAGAUUCAGAUAGUGAUUCAGGCUCACUAUGAAUUGGAUAAUAAUCUCUUCUCCGCUAUACUGCCACCUGUACUAAAAUCACUUUCAGAGAAAUUUUUCUUAACCUAUGAUGUUGACUGAAAAGAACCAAACUAUUCUGCAACAAAAUAACUUGGGUUCUUAUUAAAUUAUAUAUAACUUUUGAAAAUGGCUUGUGACGUUUAUAUCCCGUUAAAAGAUAAAGAAAUUUCAACUUUCAGCAAAAUGUCGCUUAUAUUCCUUGUUGGCCCAAGCCCCUCAAUUGAUUUAAGCCUUGAUAUCUGAUAAGGAAAUUUUAUUAUUAUUCUUAUAGUAUAGUGGUCCCAUAUUAAAUUAAAUUAUUUUUUUUUUAAUUUUCUAAGUUUUCUGGUCGUUGUGAGUGUCAUUAAGUGCGUAUUUAGCAAAAUAUUGUGAUCAAGAAUGAUUUUUAAAUAUAUACAUUUUAAGGCCCGUCGAAAUGUUCAUACAAAUUUUUCUUUAAGUAGAUGCACACGUAUGACGAGGUAAAUUUUGGAAAUUAUAUGAUGUUUUUCCUACGUAAAUUUCAUACAGUUUAUAUUCAAUUGAAGGGUGACCAUUUGCGUUAAGUUUUGUAAAAUUCCGUUUGGAAUUUUUUAUUUUUCUGUCCGAGUGAUUUAUUUGUUGGGUUCAGAGAUCAAUAAUUAAAAGUCCAGAAUUAUGCAAACAUAUAUUGGGCGAAACGUUAGUCAGUCAAUUAUGGUAUAUAAUGGACUUUUAUUUAUUGAUUUUUGAACCCAAGAAAUUAACCACAAAAAAAGCAUUUUUUUUCUGAUGGUAUUUUAAGCAAUGGAGCAAUAUAAAUUACACUUUUUCAUGCCUACGUUUCGCUAAUAUUAUACGACGUUUUGACUUUUAGUCGCCUUCAUCAACGUUUUUUGUAUAUGCAUAUUAAAAAUAUUUUGGGAAUAAAUAAUAAUUUAUAUCGUUCCUCAAAUUCACGUAACUGACAUUUGCAUAUUUUUAUAAGAGAAUAAAGAAAAAUGAGAAAGUUGCCUGUUUGAGGGCUAGGUACUACAAAAUAAGAUGGGUACCGUAAUAAUUUUUGAGUCUAUAACUUUUUAAAUACAAACAAUAUAAAUACGAUAUUUGAAGUUUUUUUUGGAAAAACUAUUUAUUUUCGUGUGAAAGAUUUUUAAAAAUGGUUCUUCCAUUGCACAGGUAAACCAGGCCCUUAUAUUUUUGAAAGAAAUAGUUAUCGGAGGGGUAUACAGUGAAGUAACUUCCACUUGAUUUUUAGUAAUUCCUCUCUUUAAUUCGUUUUCCUCAAAUUCGUCAAUUAGAUGGGUGGUCUUAAAUAAUGUUUUGUUUGGAUGCAUGCUAUCUAUGUUCGUUCAGUUUACUGCUUGCACUUUUUCGUAUGGAUAAGGUCUUCAAAUCCUUAGACAAAGUUUUGAAAUACAAAAAAUCUUUGUGUCAUUCAAUAAACUUUAUAGAGAUAGGCGUAGACCCAAAUUAUUAAUUGGUUCAAAAACAUCUCCCAGUUUUGCAAUUGUAUAAGAAAUACCGCUGUAGGCCUAAUUUCCUUAAUUUAUUAACAUUUGCGAUGUCUCGAUAGGCUUUAACCACAAAUGAAUUUUUGUUUUCGCCAUAACAACCGUCAGAAAUCAAGAAUGCCUUCAUAAAUGAAGUGGCAAUUUCUGAUGAUCCUCAAUAUUUACUGGGUGAGGUAUGAAGAUCGAAUCCCCCACAUACUGUUGUAUAGUCAGUAGCUAAGACAUCUUUAAAAUUCUAACCUUAGAUUUUCCUUAAUGUUAUUUUCAAAGACUUGUUUUACCUCUUUAUGUACUUCUUCAUUUCCUAAAUCAGUCCUCUACAUGCAAAAGCCGACAAGUCCAGCAUAAAGUUUUUUACAUAAUUAGGAAAAAACCGAUUAUGGUUUUAAUAUUACUACUAACAACAUAAAAAUUAAUGUAUGAUUAACGUCUUAAGUACCAUACCCCAAUUACCUGUAUGCCUAAAAAUCUAACAGCUUGUUUUUUUUAUAAAUUACAUUUAAAUUUCUUCAUGUCGAGUUUUGUGUGUUAAGAUCAAUGAAAUGUCGAAAUUUUAUUCAAAAUAUCUGUGAAAUUUUAAUAAAUUGAUCAAGAAUAAAAAUAAAAACCAUACCAUAUAAAACAGUACUUUAAUAAAAUAUAUUAUUAAAAAUAAACACGCUUUAGCAAAAACCGCGAGCAUUCCGCUAGUUUGACCUGACAAAGUAUAAGUAAUACAAAGUUAAAAAGUAUCAAAAUUUAAAUUUUCAGCCAAACACGCAUAUUUUCAGAAAUAACUUUUACUUUUAUUACUUCUUUCUGAAGGGUGGCUCCAAAAUUAUUGUUUUCAAAAGCAUUUUUAAAAAAUGAUAAGAACUCAUUGCUUUGUUAUUGCUCUUCGUAAUGCUUAUUAAUUAAUAUACUAAUAUGCUUUUUCUGGUCUGGUUAAACUGCAAUUCCGUUUUCCAGAAUAGUUGGAUUAAGUAACCGUUUUCUACCCCUUUGAAGUAAUGACUUUUGUGUACCAAUAUCAUUUCUAUGAAAACUUUCUCCUCUUACAGUAACACCACCAUCAUAACUUUAAAAUUUUAAUCCGUUUGGAUAUUUGAAAUUUAAAAUGCCACUGCGAGGGACGUUUUAUUGAAAGUUGUACUUUAGUCUUCCACUCAAGUACUGGAGCAUCAACUUACUUUUCAAAAAUAUACGUACGGUUCUCACACUCUUGCUUCAGAAGUUCAGAAGGCGUUAAAGUGUAAUAAGUAGGUGAAGCUAUUUCAUGAGUUCCUUUUUAAUAAUCCACCUCAGUCCAUGUAUAUGACCUAACUGUAGCGGGAUUUAAUUUAGCUUGGGCUGUGGUAAAAAUUUAGUUGCAGGCCGAAGUAUGCUGCCUGGUCCGGAAUUUUUGGUAAAGCCAAAUUUUUUUCCUGCCUCCAUCAUCUGUAGCAAUCUUAAUUAUUUCUUCGAAAUGAAGACAUGUGGAACAUAGAUCUGUUUUGGGUGUGCCGAACAUUAUAUUUCCUUGUAAAAAAAUGUUCGAAAAAUGAUUCUCUGACCUGAAGAUCAUUUUGAAUACAAUUAUUAUACAUCUUCCAAAGGUCCCUUAUGCUAAGCUCUGCUGGCAAUUAAAAUCUGUGAUAUGUUUUGGAACGGCAGUAAUGAGACUCAAUGCAUAAUCCUACAAACUUGUUUAUAUCUGCUCGUUUGUUGUUAUUUUUUUUCUUUUAUCUAAUCUCCGCAACGUUCAGCGGGCAUUUCAUUAUUGUUCUUAUAGCGUUUUAGAAUAUAUAAUAUUCGGUAAUUUCUUACACUUAAAAUAUUCAUAAAACUUUGCCUACACACAUUGACUAGUAAUCCAUCCUUUCUUUUCCCAUAAUACAAUGACAUGGAUUUUGGUCUAUUUCUUUCUUCCUUCCGUUUUCGCGUUCUUUUGGGAUCAGAAGCAUUGCAGAGUUUUAGUAUGAAAUGGUCCUGAUUAACUUCGAAAUGUGAUAAAAUGUAUCAUGAGAAGGUUUAAUGUCUCUCAUUAGUAAGCAUUGAUGAACAGUGGAAAAGUUGAUAAUGCAUAUUGUUAUUUGUUCAAUAUGUUUAAAAAAAAGUCGAAACGUCGUAUAUUCAAUUUUAAGUUACCAUUCAUUAUGCGGGGGAAAAAAGUGGCAAUGAAAAAUGGAUUUCUUUUAAUUACUUAACAUUUUUGGUUUGUCUCUCGCGUUUUUCGAGAUCCGAAUGAUCACCCUUGAGUUUAGAAUAUCUUGUUUAUAACAUAUUGCUCUCAUAAGAAAACAAACCCAAGUUGAAUAUCUUAAAAAAUCACUUGACUUACAUAUGAAAGAUAUUAAGAAAUUUUCUUGCAAUCUAUUAAUGUAGGUUGAAACGGAAGUUGUUCACCAAUAAAUUAGAAACGACUACUUAUUUUUGAAUCCAUCAAUACUGUUCGACAGCUAGACUCAUAAUUUUGUAAUGUAAAUUGUUUUAUAAGUACAGAGAUAAAUUGCAUUUUGUAAAGAAAUUCAAAAGAGUUGCAAAAUCGUCCUUUUCGAAAAGGCUUGUAGGUUGGAACAGUAAAGAAAGUUCAAAUUUUAAGAAAACAAGGUGUUUGGUACCUACUAUUGGUAGUUAAACAUUUUGAUUGGCUGUAAUAUUUUGUGAAUUUUCAAGGUAUGUGUUGUUAAAAACGCGUUUUGAUUUUUGUAUUAAAGUUUUAUAAUUUUUA